UUGGGCCCAUGCGGGCCGGGCGCGGUGGCUCACGCCUGUAAUCCCAGCACUUUGGAAGGCCGAGGCGGGCGGAUCACGAGGUCAGGAGAUCGAGACCAUCCUGGUUAACACGGUGAAACCCCGUCUCUACUAAAAAUACAAAAAAUUAGCCGGGCGUGGUGGCGGGCGCCUGUAGUUCCAGCUACUUGGGAGGCUGAGUCAGGAGAAUGGCGUGAACCCGGGAGGCGGAGCUUGCAUUGAGCCGAGAUCGUGCCACUGCACUCCAGCCUGGGUGGCAGAGCAAGACUCCGUCUAAAAAAAGAAAAAGAUUGGGCCCAUGCGCGGUGGCUCACUGGCUCACUCCUGUAAUCCCAGCACUUUGGGAAGCUGGGGCCGACAGAUUACCUGAGGUCAGGAGUUUGACCAACAUGGUGAAACCCCGUCUCUAGUAAAAAGUAUAAAAAUUAGCUGGGCAUGAUGGCGCAUGCCUGUAGCCCCAGCCACUCGGGAGCUGAGGCAGAGGAAUCGCUUGAACUCGGAGGUGGAAGUUGCAGUGAGCCAAGAUCGCGCUACAGCACUCCAGCCUGGGCGACAGAACGAGACUCCGUCCCUCCCCCUCCAAAAAAGAUGAUUUAUUGGGAAACCUGGUAUUGACUGAUGACUGAUAUGCUUAAAUAAAUAGAAUACCACCGGGACCACACAGAAAAAAACUUUAUCUUAGGCAGUCUUCAGCUCUCAUGGAUUGGGAGCUGGGAAAGGAAUGAGAAGACAGAAGUCAGAGACAAGAAGAGGCUAGCAUGACUGAUACCACUAUAAUUUAGUGAACUGCCUCUUUUCUAAAGAGGACUCCAAAGGAAGGACUGGUCAUCUCUUUCAUAUCUCAAAACCAUGGCUCAGGGAUCAGUGUCUUUCAAUGAUGUGACUGUGGACUUCACUCAGGAGGAGUGGCAGCACCUGGAUCAUGCUCAGAAGACUCUAUAUAUGGAUGUGAUGUUGGAAAACUAUUGCCACCUCAUCUCUGUGGGGUGUCACAUGACCAAACCUGAUGUGAUCCUCAAGUUGGAACGAGGAGAAGAGCCAUGGACAUCAUUUGCAGGUCAUACCUGCUUGGAAGAAAACUGGAAAGCUGAAGACUUUUUAGUGAAAUUCAAGGAACACCAAGAGAAGUAUUCUAGAUCAGUUGUAAGCAUCAACCACAAAAAACUGGUGAAGGAGAAGAGUAAAAUAUAUGAAAAGACAUUUACUCUAGGCAAAAACCCUAUGAAUUCAAAAAAUCUACCUCCUGAAUAUGAUACUCAUGGAAGGAUUUUGAAAAAUGUUUCAGAAUUAAUCAUCAGUAAUCUAAAUCCUGCAAGAAAGAGACUUAGUGAGUAUAAUGAAUAUGGGAAAUCACUCCUGAGUACUAAACAAGAGACUACUCACCCUGAAGUCAAAUCCCAUAAUCAAAGUGGCGGAGCUUUCAGUCAUAAUGAAGUUCUUAUGCAGUAUCAGAAAACGGAAACUCCAGCACAGUCAUUUGGAUAUAAUGACUGUGAGAAAUCAUUCCUUAAAGGGGGAGGCCUGAUUACACAUAGUAGAACUUACAGAGGAGAAAACCCAUCUGUAUAUAAUAAAAAAAGAAGAGCAACCAAUAUUGAAAAAAAACAUACAUGCACUGAAUGUGGGAAAUCUUUCUGCAGGAAAUCAGUAUUGAUUCUGCAUCAGGGAAUUCACUCAGAAGAAAAACCCUAUCAAUGUCAUCAAUGUGGAAAUGCAUUUAGAAGGAAAUCAUAUCUCAUUGAUCAUCAGAGAACUCACACAGGAGAGAAACCCUUUGUUUGCAAUGAAUGUGGUAAGUCCUUCCGCCUAAAGACAGCACUCACUGAUCAUCAGAGAACACACACAGGGGAGAAAUCAUAUGAAUGUCUGCAAUGUAGGAAUGCCUUCAGAUUGAAGUCACACCUCAUUCGUCAUCAGCGAACUCACACGGGAGAGAAACCAUAUGAGUGUAAUGACUGUGGGAAGUCCUUCCGCCAGAAGACAACACUGUCUCUACAUCAGAGAAUCCAUACAGGUGAGAAACCCUAUAUUUGUAAAGAAUGUGGGAAGUCCUUUCACCAGAAGGCAAAUCUUACUGUACAUCAGAGAACUCAUACAGGGGAAAAGCCCUAUAUUUGUAAUGAAUGUGGGAAAUCCUUCUCCCAGAAGACAACCCUUGCUCUUCAUGAAAAAACUCAUAAUGAGGAGAAACCCUAUAUUUGUAGUGAAUGUGGAAAGUCCUUCCGCCAGAAGACAACCCUUGUGGCACAUCAGAGAACACAUACAGGGGAGAAAUCUUAUGAAUGUCCUCACUGUGGGAAGGCCUUUAGAAUGAAGUCAUACCUCAUCGAUCAUCACCGAACUCACACAGGAGAGAAACCAUAUGAAUGUAAUGAAUGUGGUAAAUCAUUCAGUCAAAAGACAAAUCUCAAUCUACAUCAGAGAAUUCAUACGGGGGAGAAACCCUAUAUUUGUAAUGAAUGUGGGAAGUCCUUUCGCCAGAAAGCAACCCUCACUGUACAUCAGAAAAUACAUACUGGCCAGAAAUCCUAUGAAUGUCCUCAGUGUGGGAAAGCCUUUAGCAGGAAGUCAUAUCUCAUUCAUCAUCAAAGAACUCAUACGGGAGAGAAACCAUAUAAAUGUAGUGAAUGUGGAAAGUGCUUCCGCCAGAAGACAAAUCUUAUUGUACAUCAGAGAACUCACACAGGUGAGAAACCCUAUGUUUGUAAUGAGUGUGGUAAGUCUUUCAGUUAUAAGAGAAACCUCAUUGUCCAUCAAAGAACUCACAAGGGAGAAAACAUUGAAAUGCAGUAAAUGAUGUGGUUUCUUAUAUGAAUUCUUUACAAGCUAUUGUAAACGUUUAGUUUUAAAAAGAAAAGCAUGCUGAAACAUGUUAAUGUAAUUUUAAAUCACAAGUCUAAUAAUUAUUAAAGUACCAUACUGAAUAACUGUCUACUGUUUACUAGCAUAUAAAAUGAGUAUGAUCAUUAUUAUUGAACUCUAUCAGCUAUGAAGCUAAAUUUUAAAGUCUUCAACUGCUCUUCCUACUGACUCAAAUAGUUUAUUUUUUAAAAAUACUUAUAUAAUACAUGCAGAGACAAGAUACACAAUGAUUAUAAGCAUUAAUCUCCAUAAGAGAAAAUAUUUAUGAACUAUAUUUCUCAUUGUACUCUGUAAUAAAAAGCAGUUAGUUGUUACUUACCUAAGAGUUACCACUUCCGUAGCCUAUAACAUCAAAAUGUAGUUUUUGCAUGUUUUCAAUUUUAUAAAUACAUAUUUUAUCAGACAUGAAUUAUUUUGUGUCUUGCUUAUUUCACUCAAUGUUUUUAAGAUCUGUACAUUAUUGCAUGUGGCAGUAGUGUAUUUUCAUUUUGCAUACUAUUCCAUUUUAAGAAUAUAUUGCUAUUUAUCCUAUUGAUGGAUAUUUGUAUUUUUUAUACUUUUGUGUAAUAAUAAAAAUACUGCUGUAAA